AUGGAUGAUAAAGUUCCGAUAAGUCUUGUACAAGCGCCUGGAUCUUCGGGAGUACCGCUAGUGUUUAGCAUCGCGGCAAUUAAGAGGCUUAGGGAACUUGGGGUGGCCGGAAUUUUGACUGGAACCUUACCAGCAGCGACUCAGCAGAAUGCAUUUCUCGGGAUUCCUUUGAGGCUGAUGAUAGAAGAGGCAGCAUGGCUAGUAGAAGAAGGCUUUGCAUAUCUUGUUUGUGGGGGAAAACUCCUUGAGGAUGCUGUUGGGAACUUGGGGGCGGAGGAUGUUGCGAUGAUGCAGAAGAAGGCUGAGGAGUCAUUUGAGGAGCAGCGAGCAUUCAAGAGACAGCAACAUAUCGAGAAACUUCAAAGGCUUGGAAUCACGAAGCAGGAUGGCGGAGAGGAGGAUUCAAGGCUGCUAGAGGCGUCACUUUUCGUGGAAACGAAAAAUGAGUCAACAUUACUCAAGCAUAAAGAGGCACAGUUUGAUAUUGCUGUAUUGCAGAAAAAAAUCGUGGAUAACCUCUUAUCGCAUGGUAAAAACCACAACGACUACUUGAUGUAUAGGGCGCUGCGAAGUCAAGGCUACUUUUUGUCUCCCGGAGCAAGGUUUGGUGGGCGCUUCAUCGCUUACCCGGGAGACCCGCUGAGGUACCAUUCGCAUCUGACUGUGCAGGCGUGUUUGGACUAUCGCCACGAGCCAUUAGAUUUGCUUCAGUUAGUAAGUGGAGGUAGGCUAGGUACCGGCGUCAAGAAGCUUUGGGUCGUCGGUGGUGUUAAAGACGACGAAGAGAUCGAGUUUUUCUCAGUAGAAUGGGCUGGAUUCGGCUGA